UAUUCAAUCUAUUGGUCUUUCGGUUUAUUACCAUCGAGAAUAUAAAUUCACAUACACAUCGUAAACAUAAUACUCUUAUUAAAACCAUACCACAAAUAUACAAUUCCUUAUUGUGUUCCGUAUACCAGGCAAAUUAGUGUUUUUUAUUUAUAUUAAUUAAUAAUUGCCAUUUUAGUUUAUUUUGGUUUGUAUAAAUAAAUACUGUCAUAAAAUUGGUGGUAAACUGAGUUUCAUUUCUAAAAGCAUUUUAGAAGAAAUACUUAGUAAUCAUUUAGGAUGAUGAAAGUUUUUAUUUUGUUUCUCCAUUUCACGUAUGUUUUGAGUCAAUCAUAUGAGGACCGGCGAUGUCGGUGUGUGUGCCCCAGUCCAGCAGCAGUCCUCAACAGUACAUUGAGCACGGAUAGAAAACUCUUCAUUGCUAAUGUCCAUCCAAGUAAAUGCAACUGUGAUGGUGUUAUUCUGCCAAGAGUCGGGGAUGAGGUCAAAGGUCAUGAACAAGAGUUCUGUCCGCGAUGUGAAUGCAAAUAUGAAACUAGGAAUACUACAGUGAUCAUGGUGGUGGUGAUAAUGGUACUAUGGUUACUGAUGCUUCUGUCAGUCUACAUGGGAUUUUUAAUGUGCCUUGACCCACUUAUCAAGAAAAAGAAGGCCAAAUACCAUAGAGAGCAAAUCCUUUCUGACGAGGCAUGCAACUUAUUGGUUCACGGGGAUGACGCAGAAGACUGAAAAAAUACUAGGAAUAUAUAGGUGAUCUAUUGCUAAUUAAAUUUACGAUCAUGAGAUUGCAAAGUGGAAUGUUGCUUCUACACUACGAGAUCUUGAUUAUUCAAUCUGGGAGUAUCGUAUAUUUUGUUAUAAAGUUAGGAAGAGUUAAUAAUGUAUUCAAAUGCAUGCAUUAAGAAUAAGACUGUAUAAUUAUAAUAAGUAUGUAUUGUUAUAUUUCUAAGUAGCAUGGAUAAAAUAUCGUAUAUACGGACUGUAUCUCCUAUAUAUUUAUGUAUAUGAACAUACAUAUAUUAGCUACGAAUGAAAACAAGUCAAAUAUAAUAUUCACACCUCUGAACAAUAAUGGGACAUUGCAAAUUCUAUUCUAUAAACUCUAAUGGCAAAAUGAUAAUAACAAAGGCUGUUAUUAUUAUUUUGACAAUGGACCAAUUUUAAGUUUAUAAUUUUUAAAAUAUGAAUUUCCAUAUAUUUAUAAAUAUAUGAUAUUUUGAAAUCACUGUAUUUACCUUUUAAGUAUAUAUUAAAUUCAUUGAUUUAUGUCUUCCGAAUGUUAACAGUUUCUUCUGAUGUUACAUAUGAAUAACAAAAUCCUGUCCUUUGUGUCCAAUAUUUUCCUGCUACCUUUCUAAUAUAAUCUUCCCACCUUUUCUUUAUUGUUGUUAGAUUUAUUCUUUCUCUUACUUUAACUCCAAUAAGACUUCAUUCUGUUGAGUUCGGACAUACUUUUAGCUUGUGUAUAUGUUUUUUGUGGUACUCCAAAUUUGACACCCAUGUAUUAAAAGCGCAGGAGAUGUAUGAUGAAAACUUAACUUUUUUUCUGUGGUAUUUCUUUAUUUUUCUAUGAGUGACUCGUCUUUCUAUUUCUUUCUAUAUGCAUACGUAUUCUAGCGGUACUUUUUCUGUAUCAGUCAUCACUUUUGUUUUCUUAGGAUUUAUAAUGAGACCGAUUUUAAGGCGGUACUUACCCGUCUGACUAUUAUUGCAGCUUGACUUCUGUUUUCGGAACGUAAAGCCAAAUCAUCUGCUAAUUGUAGGUAGUUGACAUUUUCUCCCAUUUAUAUUUAAACAAUAUGGUCUUUACUUUUUCUAUGAAAGUAAUUUCUGUACUAAUUUUGGACUAUAUGU